UGACAAAUGAUUUGUUUUGGAAACGUCAACGCAACCAAAAAUAUUUAAUAAUUUUAUUUUAAAACAAAAACUAAAAAUUAAGCAAAAAUGAGUAAUAUUUAUAUUCAAGAGCCCCCUACUUCAGGAAAAGUUCUACUCAAAACCUCUGUCGGUGAUAUUGAUAUAGAACUAUGGACUCGAGAAUGUCCAAAAGCUUGCCGCAAUUUUAUCCAAUUAUGCAUGGAAGGCUAUUACAAUGGUACAAUAUUUCAUCGUGUUGUAAAAGGAUUUAUUGUUCAAGGUGGUGAUCCAAAUGGCGAUGGAACUGGUGGCGAAUCCAUUUACGGAGCACCAUUCAAAGAUGAGUUCCACUCACGUCUGCGUUAUGUUCGUCGUGGACUCGUUGGAAUGGCCAAUUCAGAUAUUGAUGACAAUGCGUCGCAAUUCUUCUUCACAAUGGCUCCAACGCCAGAACUUCAGAAUAAAAAUACACUUUUUGGCAAGGUUACAGGUGAUACUGUAUUCAAUAUGUUGAAGUUAGAAGAAGGACUCGUGGAUCACACCGAACGACCGAUGUAUCCUCACAAAAUCAUCAAAACAGAAAUUCUUCAUAAUCCAUUUGAUGAUAUUGUUCCACGAACCACAAAAUCCGAUUCCAAGAAAGAGAAACGAAAGAAGAAGGAAAAGGGUGUCAAGAAUUUCGGUUUAUUGUCUUUCGGUGAGGAAGCCGAAGAAGAUGAAGAAGAAAGCAAUACAUUUGCUCAGAAAAAUGCUGGCAAAGCUAAAUCUCUUCAUGACGUAGUUGAUGAUCCAAAACUUAGCAAAGAAGUUGAAAAAAUAGAACGUGGGAACACUCCUUCUGAUAUAGAAGAUUAUGAUGGUGUUUCAGAAAAUGAGACAACUGAGGAAAAACUUUCAAGGAUUAAGAACAAGUUGAAAAUGGUCAAAAAAGAGAAACCAUCUAAAAAGCCUGAGAAGGUUAUAAUUCCUAAAGAAGAAGAGGAUUCUGAUGAAGAUGUUUUAAUGACAAGUGAUCGCAAAAAAGAAAUCGAUCAAGCCAAGAAGAAAGAAGUAAUUCGUGAGGAGAUACUGACUCUGAAGAAACAAUAUCAGUCAGAUAAGAAGGCAAAAGAUAAACUUUUGGAGAUGAAAAUUGAAAAAGAAAUUGAAGUCAAGCCAGAAUCGUCGAAUGAAAUGGUCAAAGACUAUAUUGAUGAAAAAGUAAAAUACACAACUUUGAAUCAAAAGUUACCCAAAAAAGGACCAACGAGGGAACAAUUUACUUUGGAUCUCUUGAAGAAAUUCCGCAACAAGUUAGAGACCCUUAAACAAAACACAGAAUACAAUGACAAUGACGAAUCACUGAAUGAUGCGAAUGUAGAGAAAGAAAUCCAAGGAGACGAUUGGUUGGCUCAUACUCUACGAUUUGAACAAACAGCUCCAAUUUUAGCCAAAGAUGCUUCAACAAAAUCUGACGACUGGUACGAUGCCUAUGAUCCAAGGAAUCCUUUAAACAAACGAAAACGUGGAGAAAAUCAUCGAAGUCAAUCGUCGUCAAAGAAAACACGGUAG